AUGGGGUUCCUCGGAGUAUACACGUCCUUGUACGAUUACCACCCUCAAGGGGAGGGAGAGCUGGAGCUUCGCGAGGGCGAUUUGCUCUAUAUCCUCGAGAAAAGCGCCGAAGAUAGUUGGUGGAAAGCGAAGAAAAAGGCAGAACGGGAAGACGAGGAUGAACCGGAGGGUUUAGUACCGAACAACUACGUCGAGGAGGCUCAACCUAUUCACGGUGCAAAAGCGCUUUACGAUUACACACGCCAAACAGACGAGGAGGUAUCCUUUUCGGAAGAUGCAGAGCUUGAGGUAUACGACACCUCGGAUCCGGAUUGGACUUUGGUGGGCGUGAACGCAGAUUUCGGAUUUGCCCCUUCGAAUUAUAUCGAAUUUUUGGAACAUCAUGCUGCUCCUGCCGCCGCAGCCGCCCCCGUUUCCCCGCCUGUUCCACAAGAGUCCCCCGCUCCCGCUCUUCCGCAACGACCAGCGGUGUCGGAGGUGCAAGAGGACGAGCCCGAAGCCCCAACAUCAAGCUCUCCAAUCGACACAGCUCAGAAUCCAGCAGCUGCAGCAAUCGCGGAUAUUAUCCAUAAGCAGCACGCAUCUGCCGCCGACCCCGAACCCACCAGGGCUGUGCCUCCGCCUCCUGAGCCCGUCUAUCAGCCAUCCUAUGAACCCGAUGAUGAACCCUCGCCUCCACCGACUUUACCACAGCGACCACCGUCUGAACAUGUUGCCCCGCCUGUGCGCCAAUAUUCUCCCCCAGAACCCUCUCCACCCCCACGGCCGCGGUAUCCCUCAAUCAAGGACAGUGACCGAGAAGGACACGUGCAGGAGUCCCCGCCUUUCAAUAGGGUUGGCGGAGCCACCCCGCACUCUCCUUCUGGUUAUCACUUGUACAACAUCAACGAAAUGGUGGAGGCAAUGGGCAAGCGGAAGAAGAUGCCUACAACCUUAGGUAUCAACAUCGCCACCGGUACUAUCUUCAUCUCUCCGGAGGGCGAUGGCAACCAGCAGGAAUGGACUGCGGACAAGCUUAGCCACUACUCCAUCGAAGGGAAGCAUGUUUUCGUUGAUUUGGUACGCCCCAGUAAGAGCAUCGAUUUUCAUGCCGGCGCAAAGGACACCGCAAGGGAAAUUGUGUCCGCCCUUGGUGAAAUCGCAGGGGCCUUCCGGGCCGAGGGUCUAAAGGAAGUUAUCGCUGCUGGAUCUGGCGGUGGUGGACAGAAAAAGGGUCAGAUCUUGUAUGACUUCAUGGCGCAGGGUGAUGAUGAGGUGACUGUAGCCGUUGGAGACGAGGUGAUCGUCGUGGAUGACACCAAAUCCGAAGAGUGGUGGAUGGUUCGUCGGGUGAAGAAUGGACGAGAGGGAGUGGUUCCAAGCAGCUAUGUCGAGAUAACUGGAACCGUUUCCAAAGAGCCCACUGGAGUCGAAUCAGGCCUGUCGUCGGUCGAGAAAAACCGAUUGGAGGAGGCGCGAUUGACUAAACAGGCAUCGCGAAAGUCCAAAGCAGACUCAGUGGACUCACCCACCUCUGAGCGUCAGAGCAAGCGCGAUAGUAAAAGCAGCAGCAAGCCAAAGCCGGACCCUGGUAAGACGAGAUCUUGGACAGACCGUACCAAGACAUUCACUGUGGACGCGCAAUUCAUCGGUCUCCAAGACGGAAAAAUUCACCUGCAUAAGCAAAACGGCGUUAAAAUUGCCGUUCCAAUUGCAAAGAUGUCUAUUGAGGAUCUAGAGUACGUUGAGAAAGCGACUGGGGUCUCGUUGGAUGAAGAUAAACCACUUUCCGACAUUCGUCGCAGCCGUACUGAGCCGGAGACACCCAAGCCAGAGGCCAAACGAUCCGGCGCGGCUAUACAGCAGUCCGACUACGAUUGGUUCGAUUUCUUCCUGAAAGCGGGCGUUGGUCCGCAUCAGUGCGAAAGAUAUGCCCAGAACUUCAUCAAAGAUUCCAUGGACGAAAGCAUUCUGCCAGAUAUCACGCCAGAAACUCUUCGAACUCUUGGUUUGAAGGAGGGUGAUAUCUUGCGAGUCAUGCGCUACUUGGACACUACCUUUAGCCGUACAGGUGCCAAGUCAUCUAAACUGAGAAAUGUCAGUUUUGGUGGAGAGGAGGUUAUUGGUAAUGGCGAGGAAGGUGGUCCAAGUGGUCUCUUCUCCGGCCCUGGCGGUGUCUUGCGCAACAACACUCGUAAAGGCCGUCCAUCCCCAGCCGUCCAGACCGGCGAUGUAGUUGAUCCGAAGGCUUUCGAGCAGAAGGACACUCCCAAGUCUCCGGAGCAGAACGAAACCCCACCAGUUUCUGCUGCUGCCGAAAAGCCUGUCCAGCGCGGGUUUGACGACGAUGCGUGGGAGGUAAAGCAGCCAAAGCAAUCGGCAGCUCCUGCGCCUGCACCUGCACCUGCACCUGCACCCGCAUCCCCUCCGGCCGCGGUGUCACCCACAACCACCCAGCCGCCAACCCAACAGCAGCUGACCGGGGCUUUAGCGGACCUGUCUAUCCUGCAUCCUCCCCUGCAACCAAACGCCGCCCCGCCGGCUCCAGCCAUCCAGGCCCAACCAACGGCUGUCCCAGCGGCGCAGCCAACACCCUUGCAGCCACAACAGACAGGAGCUACUCCCGGCUUUUUCGCUCAGUUGGGACAGCCCCAAGGAUUCAGUCCCCAAGCGACCAGCUUCCAACAGCAAGCAAGACAGCGUCCUCAGGCCCCUCAGAAUUUGAGCCAGAACUCUCUCCUCCCCCCUCCCCCGCAACGACCGCUGUCAGCACCUCAGAACUUCCCUCAGCAAAAUUCCUUUGGUGCCACUCCUUUGCAGCCUCAAUUGACGGGAAUCCCUCAAGCAGGUCCCCCAGUUGCUCCUCCGGGGCAAAGUCUGGCCGAGUUGAGCCAGCAGCGGUUCCAACAGUCAAUCCAACCCCAGGCCACUGGAUUCAUGCCUCAAAAUCAGUUCCAAAAUGGAUUGAUGCCACAGCCAACCGGUUUCCAGCCGCAGUCUCAGUUCGGAAUUCAGCAGCAACAGCAGCAGCAGCCGUUUAUGAAUGGCCAGGGCCUUGCACCCCAGCCGACAGGAUUUGGAGGCUUCCAAUCCCCGGUCCAACAGCCAAUGCAAACUGGUAUCAACUCUGUCCUUCCUCCGGCAUUGCAGCCUCAGCCUACUGGUAUGAACGGCCUUACUGGAACACCCUACACCACAUCACCUCCACCAGUACCUCCAAUUCCUCAGCAACCGACUGCCGCGCCCCUGCAGCCACAAAAGACCGGACCACCUCCUUCUGUUCGAUUCGGAGUCAAACCCGAUGCUCCCAAGAAGCUCGCGCCCCAGCCAACGGGUAUGAGGGCCAACCUCGCGCAAGCCACGCCUCAAAACCCAUUCGGCUUUUAA